CUGGGAAGUUAUUGCCACGGCACAACGUUUUACAACAUUUGUAACAGGACCAACGUUUACCUUCGAAGUUAAGGCCCUGAAAUUACAAGGCGCGAUCUUGAGUCUUAACUUCCUCCUGUGCUGUGAUUGGACACUUUGGCAUCAGGACUGAUUGUGUUUGCUAGAUCAGAAGUAGCUUGCUUCCAGCGGAUUUAGCGGGCGGCGAGCAGCACCAGGAUGGGCAGACCCGGAGGUGAAGGCCUUAAGGGCUACUACCGUGCAAAGGUCGAGGAGCUUGAGCUGCAGAUUAAGGAUAAGACUCACAACCUGCGUCGUCUGGAGGCUCAGCGCAAUGAGUUGAACUCACAAGUGCGCAUGCUGAAGGAGGAGCUGCAACUCCUCCAAGAGCCUGGAUCGUAUGUUGGCGAAGUCAUAAAGCUAAUGAGCAAGAACAAGGUGCUGGUUAAGGUGCACCCGGAGGGCAAGUACGUGGUGGACAUUGACAAGGACAUCUCCAUCGACAAGCUGAACCCCGGCGCGCGCGUGGCCCUGCGCAACGACUCCUACACGCUGCACCUGGUGCUGCCCACGAAGGUGGACCCGCUGGUCAGCCUGAUGAAGGUGGAGAAGGUGCCCGACUCCACGUACGACAUGAUCGGCGGGGCGGACCAGCAGAUCAAGGAGAUCAAGGAGGUGAUCGAGCUGCCGCUGAAGCACCCCGAGCUGUUCGAGAGCCUGGGCAUUGCUCAACCCAAGGGCGUGCUGCUGUACGGGCCUCCAGGAACCGGCAAGACGCUUCUUGCUCGUGCCGUGGCCCACCACACCGACUGCACCUUCAUCCGCGUCAGUGGCAGCGAGCUGGUGCAGAAGUACAUCGGGGAGGGCAGCCGCAUGGUGCGGGAGCUCUUCGUAAUGGCAAGGGAGCACGCUCCCUCCAUCAUCUUCAUGGACGAGGUGGACUCCAUCGGCUCGGCGCGAUCUGAGUCGGGCAGCGGAGGGGGGGACAGCGAGGUCCAGCGCACCAUGCUGGAGCUGCUGAACCAGCUGGACGGCUUCGAGGCCUCCAACAAGAUCAAGGUUCUGAUGGCCACCAACCGUAUCGACAUCCUGGACGCCGCGCUGCUGCGCCCCGGCCGCAUCGACCGCAAGAUCGAGUUCCCCAACCCCAACGAGGCGGCGCGGCUGGACAUCCUCAAGAUCCACUCCCGCAAGAUGAACCUGACUCGCGGUAUCGACCUGAAGCGCAUCGCCGACAAGAUGGCCUCCAGCAGCGGCGCCGAGCUGAAGGCGUGCUGCACGGAGGCGGGCAUGUUUGCGCUGCGGGAGCGGCGGGUGCACGUGACGCAGGAGGACUUCGAGAUGGCGGUGGCGAAGGUGAUGAAGAAGGAUUCGGACAAGAACAUGUCCAUCAAGAAGCUCUGGAAGUAAUGGGGGAGCAGGAGGGGGGCAGGGGGGAAUAAGAGGGGCGGGAAAAGGAACAGGCAGCAAGGUGGGGGGCGCAAGGAAGGGGAUGUAGCUGGCUGGCUAGCAUAUUGGGGGAGCCGUGGCUGCUUGGAACGCGGGCGGCCACACGAGAGAGCUAGGAGUGAUUGCAUGUGUCGGGACUUAGUACGACACAGUAGGGGACAGACCCGUCCGACGUGGGUAGUAGUGUAGCAAACAGGGGUUACAUGGCGGGGGCAGAGUAAGGGGCAGGACGGACUCGGCAGAAGGGGCGAAGGAAGCACACGAGGCGAAACUAGUUGGCUGGUCUCUUCCAAAAGAAGCUGCUGGGCCCGAGGGACAUACCGUGGCAUACCGUCACGGGACUGUCCGGUACUGUGCGCCUUUGUGUGUACGGCAGUGUGCCAUGGUACGACACGAGUCGGCCUCCACAAGAUGGGGAAAGAGGCUUUAGGUGGAGGAGGGGCGCCUCCAGGCGCGUGUGGUACGAUGGUUUCGAUUAAACGAAUGAGAAUGGCAUUGUGCGAGGGCAAGACAGCCUUCACCACGCCAACCAGAUUCUGCGCCCGUUGGCGGCGCAGGUUGUUGUAUCUUUACGGGUUUGUCCUGGAUUGUAAGUUGCAGGAAACAGGC